AUGGGUGCUGCGGCGCGCGUGUUCUGCAGAUUUCAGGCGCUGAGGCGGCGGCUAGCGAUCUGCGGUCCGACGCAAGGCAACAGCGGGCCUCGGGAGGCGCAGGCGAGCGCGUUUCCGCGCCGCAGGAGUGAUGGCCACUGGCGGAAAAUGAGCGGCUGGCAAACGAGGCUGCCGUGGGGCGGCGGUGAUCCGGCGAAGAAGCCGGACGUCGUCACGGAAAGCGAGCAGCAGCGCAAGCUGGACGAAUGCGGCCUGCUUAGCUCGCCCGAGGACGACUAUCAGGGGCUGGAAGACCGGGCACGCGCAGGUUUCGGCGCCAUAGUCGACCCAGCACCGGGCCUUCCCGCUGGAGGCUGGCCCGCGCCGUUCGGGGACCCGCAUGGCGAUGGAGGCCCCAAGGUCUCGAGACAGAUGCAGCCGGCGAUGAGCGGGGCCCACGACACGUAUGCAGCGCCGCCGUGGCGGCAGGCGGAAAGCUUCGGCGUCGUACCAAGCGCACCGUGGGGCGGCGCCGCGCGCUCGCGCAAUCCUUUCGCGCACCCAGAGCCCGCUUCUAGCUCAUUCGCGCCUUGUGCGAGCGCGGACUACUCGAACGCGCGCCCGGAGACAGCACCGUCGCCUUGUGCACAUACGCCGGGUUACGUCGCCGUGGCCAGCCGGCACCUCGCGCCGGCACGCGCGGCGCAGCAGCCCGCGACCACGCCGAGCACGGUGGUGAUGCGCCCUGACGCGACGAACGGCGCUGCCGACCUGACAGGAGACGUCAGUCCCCCCCUGCGUCACGGCAACGCCUGCGCCGGCACCAGGACGCUCGACGGCCUGUGGAGCCGCCCCAGCGACGCAGCUGAGCCGCACGCGGCCGUCAAGCGCCCCCGGACGCAGACGCCGCCGCGUGCCGAGCAGCGGUCCUCGUCGCGCCAUGCCGCUUUUGCCGCGAAGCUCUGCGGCGCUGCCGACGCCGCGGACGCUCCGGAGGGGCAGCGCUGGGAGUGGCUGGGAAGCGAGCGGCGGGACGCGGCGGGCCGGCGCCCGGACGAGCCAGGGUUCGACCCGACAACGCUGACGGUGCCGCGCGAGGCGCUGGCGCGCAUGACGAAGUUCGCGCGGCAGUACUGGCGGCUCAAGUCCAAGAUGAUGCACGUCGUCCUCCUCGUGCGCGUCGGGGCCUUCUACGAGCUCUACGACACUGACGCGGACCUCGGCCUCGAGAUCGGGUUGACUAUGUGCGGGAAGGAGACGGCGAACAUGUACAAGGUGGGGUUCCACGAGGGACAGCUCGACGUGUACGUCGCGCGGCUGCUCUCGCGCGGCCGCAUCGUCGGGCGGGUCGAGGAGAUGCCGGGCACCAAGAACCAGGAGGGCCUGGUGUCGAGAAAACUGGUGCAAGUUUAUACUCCUGCGUCAACGCAGCCGCAGAGCGACCCGUUCAGCCCGGCGCGGCGCGCGAGUGCGAGCGCGGACACGUGUGUGGAUGCUGCGUCGUCGGAGUGCGUGCUCGCGCUGGUGGAGGCGCGUCCGGGGCUGCUGGGGGUGUGUGUGGUAGACACCUCCCUGUGCGUCGCGGAGGUCGGGCGGUUCGUGGACGGGUUCCUCCGCGUGCAUCUCGACGCGCUGCUCGCGCAGUACAGCCCGCGCGAGAUCGUGACGGUGCGCGGGAACCUGUCCGGCGGGACGGCGGGGUCCCAGAAGACCGCCAGCGCGCACAUGCUUCUCGGCGGGACCGUUCCGUCGGUCCUCGGGCUCGUGCCGGCGCCUGGAGACCCCCCGGGGGGGGGUCACGGGUCGCUGCUGUCCCUCGUGAGCCGCGGGGCGUCGCCCGCGGCCCGGCGGCUGGUCCGGCGGUGGAUGCUGCGGCCCUCCGCGGACGUGGGAGAGAUCGAGUCGCGGCUGCGGUGCGUCGACGCGAUGCUGGCGAACGCGGACGCGGUGUCGGCAUUCCAGGGCGCGCUGCGGGAGCUGCCGGACGUGCAGCCGCUGCUGGUGCGGGUGGUCGCGGCGCUGCGGUUCGCGGCGGAGCUGGGCGGCGGAGGGCAGGGGGACGCGGGGGGGAGUCCGGGGCGGUUCGCCGAUUUGCUAGGGUUGGUCGAAUCGGAUGCUGAGGCAGGGGAGCUGGCUAGCGACGUGGACCCGCGCGCCGCUGCGUCAGGUGCUGCGAUGACAGACGCGAAGCUCCGUGAGGUCGUGAACCUCAUUUCCUCGAUGCUCGCCCUCGCGGACGCCACAGGCCGCUUCGCCUACAUCCUCGCCGCCCCAGCCGGCUCCCAGGCGUCCACGCCCCCGGCAGGCACCCCGGCACAGAUCGCCGCGGCGCUCCAGAACGCCCGCGCCGCCGUCGGGCCGCUGAAGGACCUCGGCGCACGUCUGUCGAUCGAGUCGUUCACGGAUGGCACGGAGGCGGUGCGGCCGCGGGAAGGCCUGAGCGCUGCGUUCGACGCGGCGCUGGCGGAGCAGGAGGCGUGCGAGGUGGCGGUGCUGGAGGCGCAGCGGGGCGUGAAGGCGGCGAUCGCCGCGCGCACCGACCCGCAGGCGCACGCGCGUCUCCUGCGCGGGGUCGUGGGGCGGUCGCACGACUGGACGGUGGAGUGCAGCCGGAAGCUCGCGCCGUUCGUGCCCCCGGAGCUGACCGUCGUGAGGGAGGCGCACGCGAAGAUAUGGGUCACGAGCGCCGCGCUCCGCUCCGCCGGCGCCCGCGUCGACGAGGCGCGCGACCGUUCCGACGCGGCCCUCGCGUCCGUCGUCACGGACCUCGCCGACGUCUUCCUCAGCAAGUGGACUCUCUGGCAGACCCUCCUCGACGACUGCGCGACCCUCGACGCCCUAGCUGGCUUCGCCGACGUCGCGGCGCGCCCCCCGCGCGGCCUCCCGUUCUGCCGCCCGACCGUCCUGCCGUCAGGAGACACCCCCCUCUUCGAGGCGCGGGGGCUCUGGAACCCGGUUCUGACGCUCGCGCGCCCCCACGCGGCCGCGCAGCGCGACGGCGCUGCCUCGCGGGCUCUCGGCGGCGGCAUCGUGGCGAACGACGUCGCGCUGGGCGGCGAGUGCGCGGCGAUGAUGCUGUUGACGGGCGCGAACUCCGGCGGCAAGACGACGCUCAUGCGCGCGACGUGCGUGGCGUGCGUGCUCGCGCAGAUCGGCUGCUGGGCGCCCGCGACCGCCCUGCGCCUCACGUGCGUCGACCAGGUGUUCGUGCGUAUCGGCGCGGAGGACCGCAUCGUCGACGGCCACUCGACGUUCUACGUCGAGGCGCUGGAGGCCGCGGCGUGCCUGAACAACGCCACGCGGAACUCCCUCGUCGCGCUCGACGAGCUCGGCCGCGGCACGUCCACGCACGACGGCUACGCCGUCGCCUUUGCGGCUCUGCACUACCUCGCGACCCGGACAGGCUGCCGGGGACUGUUCGCGACGCACUACCAUGCGCUCGCGGCGGAGGCGGCGCUGGCGGGGCGCGUGCAGGUCGCGCACAUGGCGAGCGACGCCGACGAGGAGGGGGUGUUUCGGCCGCUGUUCAAGCUGAGUCAGGGACCGGCGCCGGCUGGGAGCUGCGGGAUCCGCGUGGCGGAGAUGCUGGGGCUGCCGCGGAGCGUGGCGGCGCGUGCGGCGGAGGUGUCGCGUGGGCUGGAGGAGGGGUGCGUGACGGGGCUGCGUGCUGGUCCGACGGCGCGGGGGGUGUCGGCGGGGGAGUGUGGGGUGGCGGGGCAGGUGGUGCGGGCGCUGGUGGGGCUGCUGGAGGCGGAGCGGACGGUGGGGCUGUCGCGCGUCGGGGACGUGUGGGAGGUGGAGCAGAUGACGGAGGCGGAGCGCGAGGCGGUGUGGCGGUCGACUGCGGAGGUCGCGGCAGCGUGGCAGGCGGCGCAGGCAACGGGGGCGGCAUGA